CUUGACAGUGGUGAACUUCCGGCAGACAACCGGUAGGAGGAGGAGCCAAAGCAUCCGAUAGAAGAAGAAGAAGGAGAGUCCGGCGGCGGUGGAGGACAACUGAUGGCUGCAGCAUUAUAAGCGAGAUAAGCGACUAUUACUGAACACCUGCUGAUCUGUGAGAGAUGCUGACCUUGUCUUGCCAGUGACCAGAGCUCGCCACCGUCCCCAGGCCAGCCGAGAGAGGACAGCAGGAAACCGAUCAGACGUGUCAUGGCUGGCAGGCAGCAGAGACCUGCGGCUGCCUCAGACGGCUCAGCUGAGGCCAAAAGAACAGACCUCAGGGUCAAUGAGAAGAAGUGCUCUUGGGCCUCCUACAUGACCAACUCUCCAACUGUGAUAGUGAUGAUUGGGUUGCCAGCUAGAGGGAAAACCUACAUGUCCAAGAAGCUGACACGCUACCUCAACUGGAUUGGAGUGCCAACUAAGGUAUUUAACCUUGGAGUUUAUAGGAGAGAAGCAGUGCAGUCCUACAAGUCCUUCGACUUCUUCAGACAUGACAAUAAGGAAGCAAUGCUAAUUAGAAAGCAGUGUGCUCUGGUGGCACUGGAGGAUGUCAAGGCCUAUCUAAAUGAGGAGGGAGGCCAGAUCGCUGUUUUUGAUGCCACCAACACCACCAGAGAGAGGAGGGAACUCAUCCUUAAUUUUGUAAAGGAUAACUCCUACAAGGUGUUUUUCGUUGAAUCGAUAUGUGACGAUCCAGAUGUCAUCGCUACAAAUAUCCUGGAUGUGAAGGUGUCCAGCCCAGAUUACCCCGAGAGGGACAGAGAAAGUGUCAUGGAGGAUUUCCUGAAGAGAAUAGAGUGUUAUAAAGUGACGUACCGACCUUUAGAUCCGGACAAACACGACAAGAACCUGUCCUUCAUCCAGGUCAUCAAUGUCGGCCGUCGUUUCCUGGUCAACAGGGUGCAGGACUACAUCCAAAGUAAAAUAGUGUACUACCUCAUGAACAUCCACGUACACUCCCACUCCAUAUACCUCUGUCGGCACGGAGAGAGCCAUCACAACGUGGAGGGACGCAUCGGGGGAGACUCUGAGCUGUCAGAGAGAGGCAAACAGUUUUCAGCAGCACUGAAGGGUUUUGCGGAAGAGCAUCGUCUGUCAGACCUGAAGGUUUGGACGAGCCAGCUGAGACGCACCAUUCAGACGGCCGAAGAGCUGGGAGUUCCCUACGAGCAGUGGAAGAUCCUUAAUGAAAUAGAUGCUGGAGUGUGUGAAGAAAUGUCCUAUGAAAUGAUUGAGGAAACGUACCCAGAGGAGUUUGCCAUGAGGAGCCAGGACAAGUACCAUUACCGCUACCCUGGAGGAGAGUCCUACCAGGACCUGGUCCAGCGGCUGGAGCCAGUCAUCAUGGAGCUGGAGCGACAGGGCAACGUGCUGGUCAUCUGUCAUCAGGCCGUCAUGCGCUGCUUGCUUGCCUAUUUCCUGGAUAAGAGCGCAGAUGAUCUUCCCUACUUGAAGUGUCCCCUGCACACUGUCCUAAAACUCACCCCUGUUGCUUAUGGUUGUAAAGUGGACAUGUUUGACCUGAAGGUUGAGGCUGUCAACACCCACAGGGACAGACCAUUAAAUUCUGCGCCGCCGGCUUUCAUCCGACGAAACAGCUUCACUCCGUUGUCCAGCCAAGACCAGAUUAAACGACCUCGUCUGUACAGCAUGGGCAACCCUCCGCACGCCCGCAUGUCUCAGGCCCCCACUUUACCCAACAUGCAGUUCUCUGAGGCGUCCGAAGGAGCAGAGGUCAGUGUAGACUCUGUGAACGGGUCCAGUGCACCAGACACAGGCGACUGUGUUCGGAGUUAAAGGAGCACAGAAAGAGGCUUUUCUCCAGAUGGAUGUAUCACCAAUUCUGAGGACCAGCAGUAAAAUCCCCACCAGCUACAGCCAUAACAUUCUUAAACACUGUAUCUGUGUAGCGCUAUGUGUGUUAUAUUCUUUGGUUUGUGUUGGAUAGGUGAUGUACGUGUGAGUGAGUGCACAUACAUACAGUACAUGCCUUUGCACAAAAAGCCUUCAUAUCGAGGCUGCGAUCCAGCUCAGAUAUAUAGUAAUGUAGAGAUUUGUAGUAAAUAGAGACUCUGAAAACCCGUCCAUUAGUUCCUAGAACACUCCACAUACUGUAGUCUACAGUCACAUUAUGCUGUAUUAGAUGUAGAACCUGUUGAUUGUGAAUUGUAUACCUCAAUGAAAGCUACUACCUUUUUAGUUUUAGUGUAAGAGAGUGCCUCUCUUGAAGGAAGCCAUUAGUUUUACUCUUUCUUUGAGUUGUCUAUUUAAACAUUCCCAGGUGAUGUGCAUCCUUCCCCGGAUGCAGGUUCCGACAAGAUGUAGUAAUAAUUUAAUUUUGAAGUGUAAUUUAAAGCAUAUUAAGCUUGCAGUGGGCAGACACCGGCUGUAAAAAAGUAAUGAAAUGUUUCGUCUAGCCUUAUAAAAAGUGCAGCAGCUACUGUGCUUUUUCCCUCUGUGACAAUUAUCCUGUUCUUCUCUUAAAUGAUGCCUACCGAUAUGUUUUGCCUUCUACUCAAAUAACAGCUUUAACAAUAUUCAGCUGUGAAGAGCUGAUUACAUUUGAACUCCAUCAAAUGUAAUAUACAAAUAACGAUAACAUAUGCAACAUAUAAUAACAUACAAAUAUUUCAAACACAAAGUUCUCAUGAGUUUUAAUGCAUUUUAGUUUCUUCAUAACUAAAAGCAAAUCAGUUGUGUACUCCUGAAACAACAAGUAUGUUAAUUACUAGCUUCAUAGUAACCAUAGUAACAUGACUUUGAUUUUGAUAUCGGCAAUAAAUCAGUAUUUGGAAAAUAAAGUGCCUUUAUUUAAAGGACUACAAGGCUGUGACGGUUGUAAUAAAAAAGAUUUAAAAUAUGUAUACAUGAUAUGCAAAUGUAUGUUUCACUUGAAUCGAACGAUUGGCUAAAAUAUUUGGAUGUCUUAAAAAGAGCUUUAAUGUCUCACACUGUCAUACAUGUUUCAUUUAAUAAAGUUAAUUUAAAUGCA